AUGAUUAAUAAGAAAGUCAUCGAUGGGUUGCGUGACAUGGAUGCAUUAAUAGACGCGAUUGGAGGAAAGAUCAAAGAUGUCGAUUGUGAGAUGAGCAUUGUGAAGCUUGUUGUGAGAAGUAAGGAAGCGGGUCAUGAUGGUUCAUCAGAGACAGAUCAAAGUGCCUGA